CGCUCACUGAGAUCCGAGGUUUGGGAGAAAAACGGAAAAGCCAGUGGAACACCAAUGCCGACGGUGACGGCCGACGCCAGGAUAGCAGCCACGGGCUUGAAGCGAGGGCAACCCGGCUCUUGUCCCAAGAAAGGAAUCCGCUCCCCGCUGCCCUCCACGGUGGCUGCACGCUGAGCCCCAACUUUCCCAGGAGCUGACGCUCUCUCUGCAGAAUUGGCCUGAUGGAGCAAAGGCACUCAGCGCAGUUCAGUACAAGAAGGAAACAAUGCGACCAGCAUGCAAACAGCACGGAUUGUACUGGAAACUUGACACAGCACCAGAGAACACACACAGGAGAGAAACCUUUCAAGUGCACUGUGUGUGAGAAGGCGUUUGCAAAGUCAUCAAAUCUUAAGACCCACCAGAGAACACACACAGGAAAGAAACCUUUUAAGUGCAGUGUGUGUGGGAAGGCGUUUGCAAAGUCAUCAAUUCUUAAAUCACACCAGAGAACACACACAGGAGAGAAACCUUUCAAGUGCACUGUGUGAGAAGGCGUUUGCACGGUCAUCCAUUCUUAAAUCACACCAGAGAACACACAAAGGAGAGAAACAUUUUAAGUGCACUGUGUGUGAGAAGGCGUUUGCACGGUCAUACAUUCUUAAAUCACACCAGAGAAGACACACAGGAGAGAAACCUUUCAAGUGCGCUGUGUGUGAGAAGGCGUUUGCACUGUCAUGCAUUCUUAAAUCACACCAGAGAACACACACAGGAGAUAAACCUUUCAAGUGCACUGUGUGUGAGAAGGCGUUUGCACAGUCACCACAUCUUCAAAGACACCAGAGAACACACACAGGAGAGAAACAUUUCAAGUGCAUUGUGUGUGGGAAGGCGUUUGCACAGUCAUCACAUCUUCAAAGACACCAGCGAACACACACAGGAGAUAACCCCUUCAAGUGCAGUGUGUGUGGGAAGGCAUUUUUUUAUUCAUCUACUCUUAAACAACACCAGAGAACACACACAGGAAAGAAACCUUUUAAGUGCACUCUGUGUGGGAAGGCGUUUGCAAUGUCAUCAAA